AUGGAGGAGCGGCAAUACUGCUCGGCUUCGGGGGCGCCCAUCGCGCUGCGGCGCCGUCAGCACAGUGCCUCCUGCCGGGAGCUGGCCGUGCGCUGCCCCCGCCUGCAGCUGCGCUCUCUCAGCGCCGUCACCUCUGCGGUGUGGCUGGCGGCCUAUGGGCUCUUCGCGCUCAGCGAGAACAGCAUGGUGCUUUCUGCUGCUAUCUUCAUUACACUGGUUGGCCUGAUCAUAUACCUGCACUUUGUGAAGGUUGACCAGGAGUCCCUGUUGGUCAUUGGUUCACUAGGCAUUCAGGUGACUUCGUCCUAUGCUUCAGGGAAAGAGAGCACAACCUUCAUUGAGAUGAGUCAGGUGAAGGAUGUGGUUAUCAAUGAAGCUAUCCAUAUGCAAAAAGUUAUCUACUAUCUGUGCAUCCUCCUCCAGGACCCUGGAGAUCCUCAGGGCAUAUCUGAGGUUGUGCCACUCUUUCAGAGCUCCAAGCCACGUCUGGACUGCUUGAUAGAACUGUACAAAAGUUGUCAAGAAAUCCUGGAGCAGGGGAGGACAGAUCCACAAGUGGAAUAA